AUUUAAUUAAAAUGGGAUCCAAUUCAAGAUAUACAUUUACAUUUGAAAAAUUAGCAGAAGUCUCCUCUAAUGAUUUAGUUGGUCAUUCUGUCGCUGGUACAUUAUUCAUUUUUGCCUUAAUUACACACUUCUAUAAUUAUCGUAAAGGUUUGGGUUUCACCUAUUGGUGGUUUUUAGUAAAUGGAUAUCUUAUUCAUUUGUAUAUGGAUGGUUUGGCUGCUUAUUUUGAAUAUUCUAAGACGUAUUAAUUUAGAAUUAUAAAUCUAGAACUCAUUACUUAUAUUCUCAAAUGGACGCAAGAUUCCUAAGAGAUGACAAAAUGGUUGCUAUUGUGUCUAUUGGUGAAACUUUUGUUAUGGGACCAUUGUGUAUAGUCAUUGCAUUACUUUAUAAGUCAACUAAAUUAGAACAUAAUGUAUCUAUUUCAAUAAUAUUAUAAAGUUAUUACGAGAAGUUUUGAUUCUUGUAGUUUCAUCAUUCCAAAUAUGUGGAACAGUAGUAUUUUGUGCUUAACCUAUUUGGGCUGGUUUUAUUGAAUAAUGUGGACCUGAAGGUUGCUUUACAUUCUCUAUUUUUAACCUUUUCUUUUUCUGGUUUUCUUUUGUGUUUUGUGAUUCUAUUUGGAUCUGGUAGCCAAUUAAAGAAAUCAUUAAAUCUUAUAAGAGAUUAGAAUUAUUGAUCAAGCCUUAAGUAUCUAAACUAAAGAACAAAUGAUUUUUUGUGCAUG